AUGGUAUCAUCUUUAUUCAGUGACACGGAACCACAGCUUGAAAAUAUUGGUGCAGAAGAUAUUCUGGAUAGAAAUGAACGGCUUAUUCUCGGUCUCAUUUGGACUAUCAUUCUUCGUUUCCAGAUUGACACGAUUUCCAUCCCGAUGGACGAAGAAUCUGGUGAAAGGAAGCAUGCGAAGGAUGCACUUCUGUUAUGGUGCCAAAGAAAAACAGCUGGUUAUGCGAAUUCCAAAGUUGAGAAUUUCACCACUUCAUGGCGUAAUGGUCUAGCUUUCAAUGCACUGAUUCAUGCCCACAGGCCAGAUCUAAUCAAUUACGAGAAUUUGUCGCCACAAGAUGCAAUUGGAAAUUUGAAUAAUGCUUUCGAUGUAGCUGAAAAAAACUAGAUAUUGCACGUUU